AUGUUGAUUGCCUCUGCAAUUUUUGAGAAAUAUUCGGAACCCAUGGACGAGGCAGAUGGACCGUCUAUUUUGUCGAUGGAUCCAAACGAACGAAAGUUGGCUCGCAAAAUUCGUAUUGAUCGGCGAGUUUCGGCAAAGUCAAAGCAAGUGAGAACCGAAAAUGUAGUAAGCGUGGAAUUAACACCAAUUGAAAAACAAAUAUUGGACGGUAUAAGCGCUUUAGACAAAUUAUGUUCCGAGGGAAACGAAGUGGUUACCGGCGUAAGAAUAGCGAACGACGCGAGGGAACUGGAGCGACGAAAAGAGGUGCAAGAGACGAGGAAACGAUUAUUGGCGAUGCUCGAGGAAGAAGACGUAAAAUGUAUGGAGAAGUACCGUGAGAUUAGUGCAAAGUGGCCGGAUAUUCUUGCCUGCAAAGACCCACUAGAUAUUCACGACGAAUUGGAGGCUCAAAAUUCCAAGUGCCUUGAAAUCCUCGAGGAGAAAAACGCUGUAAUCGCGGAAUUGAAACAGGAGCUCGAAAACGCUGAUAUAAUGUACACCGAAGAAGUGAAGAAACAGAGCGAAGACAUCGACUUGCUUGUCGAGAGAAUGGAAGCUCAAGUGCGCACAAUGGCGAAAGCUUACCGCCAGGAACUGAUGCUCAUCGAGAAUGUUAUCGAGUCGGAGCGCAAAAUGCUUUUGGCCACGUCCACGGAAAAGUGGGAAGCAUUGUUUAAGAAGUACCGGGAGGACACUAUCGAGGCGAGAGAAAAGAAGAAAGAAAUAAUGCGGGAGUACGAGGAGGACAUGAAGAAAGCGAUGACACAGCAUCAGGAGGAAUUCAGGCGGCUCAAGAUCAGCUUUGAAUUGGAGAUACAGAAUCUCCAGCAGGAGGUGCAGAACAUCAAAGCUUUGUGCUUAAUGAAUGUGGAGAAAUUGGAUUAUAAUUACGCCGUGCUGAAACGUCGCGAAGAAGAGAACACAAUCGUGAAGAAUCAGCAGAAGAGAAAAAUAAAUAAGCUUCAGGACGUGAUUAAUGGUUUAAAAAAGACUUACACGGACUUAGAGGAGUCUACAAGAUUGGAAAUUCAGAAGCUUACCAGUGAGAUUUUAAAAUCGCAGAAGGCUCUAGUGGACUUGGAAAAAAAGUCGACUACUCUUGCCAAUAUCAAUGACAAGAAAUAUAUGCAGAUUUGGGAUCUGAAUAUUAAAACUGCGAACGAAUUAGUAGAUAAGAUUUUGUCAGCCGAUAAAAUCAUUCACGAACAACUGUUGGGAAUCGAAUGGGAGCCACCAAAGAUGGAAUUAUUAAAAAAGGAAGAUUUAACGUCAUAUUGCGGUGCGAUGUGCACCCUAAAAAAGGAGAAAGAAGAAGCGAAAAAGAGGAGAAUGAUUUCUAAAACAUACGAUGCAGCAACGACGUUAAAUGAACUUAAUUUAGAACGACGUUUAUUGAAUCACAUUGUUACAUUGAUUACUAGUCAGUGUGAUUAUCUUAUUGAAGAUACUUUGAAAGACUUACUGUCAAAAUAUACAGAAGAAGAUAAUCUAUUGAUCCGAUUGGAUAAAAUAUUCCAAGCGUUAAAGAUUACAUCCGAAGAAGAAUUUCAAUUUUUAUUGAACUUCUUUUUACCGUACGCGCAUUGCCCCAUAUGCACGGUAAAAAUUGUCAGUACACCGAAUGUUUGUGGACGAUCGGAAGGAGCUACGGAGCCUUCUUCAUCCGAAGUCACUUUGCCCUCCACCUGUGGAAAUAUAGAAAUGGAUCCAGUGGAAGCUAAUUUAGUUUCAGCUGUGCAAGAUGUGCUUGUUUGCAAGAAGUGCCAUGAUGACGAUGAAGAAGCAGAAGAAAUGGCCUUAGACAGUACACUGGAAUCUUCGUCGGACGAGACAUCGUCUGCAGAAGAAAAGAUUGUGUCGACUUGUGUUGCUGAAGGCAUUGUUGAAGUUACCAAUGAGGAUGGUGAACCAAAACGACAAUUGAUGUGCGAUGAGGGUCACUUGUUGGCAAUUGAAACAGAAUUUGUGAUGAACGCCUUGAAAGAAUUCACAGAGAGAUAUAAGUUUGUCAAGAAACAGGAGCAAGCGGUACCCAUCAUUGACAGAGUAACGAAAGUGAAAAACACAGUCUCACGAAAUAUAACUGACGAGGAUAUAACUGAAUUCUGGCAAAGAUACAGAAAUGUCUUUUCACCAGAAAAAGAAAGACUCUGGGAUAACCUGUUGGUUGGUCUUAAAAAAUACCAUGCGGUAUUAAAGGAGAGGCACCAGUUGAAUACCGAAAUAAAAUUUUUCCAAAAACAGAAUGCAGAACUCAGUCGUUUAUUAAAAAGUCAUUCAACAGAGUCGAUGGCAUUGGACUUCCAACUUCUUCGUCACUCCACCCACCUAAGCAUCAAUGUGCGAUCAACACUAUCUAUGUAUCACAACCGCUGA